AUGAGUUUCAAGGAACUCAAGCCACAAAUACUUGCAUUCUUGAAAGAAGAAAUGAUGGAAAAACAAUCGAUGAAGUGGAGAAUUAUCGUCAAGGCCCUUUUUUCAAGAAUUGGAUCCGACGGCGAGGAACAAAUGAAUUCAACAUAUCUUAGCUGUAAAUUCGUGACGGAACUGGUUGAAGAAACCAUUGAAAAACAUUUAGAUGAAGCCAUGGUAUGUGUUGAAAAAAAUUUAGAAGAGUUCCAGCAGCUAGGAUCUGGAUGGAUUUUAGAAGAGAUACAACAUGUGGAGAUCCCAACAGCAAAAUAUCACCCCUUGGCAGCAAGCUCAUACAUUCCACUUCCUGGAAAACUUGCUGCCAAAAAAGCCAUACUUAAUAUUCAAAACGAGGACCGAAAAUGUUUGGUUUGGUGUCUGCUAGCAGCAAGAAUGAAUAUUGAUCGGGGAGAUCAUCCAUAUCGGGUGUCACACUACACGCAGCAUGAGCAGGAAAUAAAAUUAGGAGAGGUUCCAUGUCCCGUACCUGUGUCGAAGAUUUCAACAAUUGAAAAAUUAAAUAAUCUGAGGAUUAACAUUUAUGGUUAUGAAGAAGAGGAAGUCUUCCCGCUCCAUAUAUCCAAGCAUAAAAAUGAAGAAUCAAUAAAUCUUUUACUAAUAUCUAAUGACGUAACCCACCAUUACUGCCUCAUCAAGAAUAUGUCUCGUCUCCUCGCCGACCUCACCAAGCAUGACGGUGCACGUUUUUACUGGGCUCUAACUCCCAACAAACUCGUUUCUGGCUACGUCACAAAUGACGCACAGGUGCCACGUUCCCACAUCGCCAUUUCUGACCACCUCCCUCGUCGUCUCCCCGCAGGUGCAAAGGAACCAAGAGCGGGAUGCGCCCCAUCCGGGCCCCCUGAAGAAGAUGGGUGGGCCAUGAGGGCGGCGCGCGUGCUGCUGCUCCUCCUGCCGCCGCUUCUCCGUCCCGCCGCCCCGAGCUGCCCCGGGCCCUGCGCCUGCGCACUCCCACGCACCGCCGACUGCUCGGGGCGCGGCCUCUCCAGCGUGCCCCGGGACAUCCCCCCGGACCUGGAGGCCCUGCUCCUCUCCGAUAACCAGCUCACGGACCUCUACGGACAGCUGCCCGAACUGCCGGACCUGCAGAUGCUCGACCUCUCCUCCAAUCAGGUGAAACAACUGGGCCGAGGUCUUAUCUUCCACAACUUAGGCGAGCUACGAACCUUGAACCUCUCAUACAACGACUUCCGGACCGUCUUCAAUGGCGUCUUCCGGGGCAUCCACAAGCUGAGGUUGCUGGCCAUGACGCACGUCCAGAUCAAGUUCAUCGAGGAGCACGUCUUCGACGGCCUCAAGGAGCUGAGGCGACUCCACCUGUCCCACAACCAGCUCAACGCCAUCUUCCCGGAGUGGUUCCGCGAUUUGGGGCGCUUGGAGGAGCUGAGACUCGAGAACAAUCACAUCUCCUACGUCAACAGCGGGACCUUUUCGGGCCUGGUCGCCUUGAAGAGGCUGUCACUGAGCGGGAACAGAAUCAGGGGCAUCAGCGAACACGCCUUCGACAGUCUCGAGAACCUCACGACGCUCGACCUGGAGGAUAAUCAGCUAGUAAAGGUGCCCUCGGCGUCUUUCAAGGCCACAAAGAGCAUCAAGGUCCUUAAGCUCGGCGGAAACUCGUUCCCGCAGCUGCAGACGGGCGACUUCGUGCACCUCUCGCUGGAAGAAGCCUUCGUGGAAAACAUACCCGAGCUGGUGCUCGUGGACAGGGGCGCCUUCUGGGACUUGCCAUACCUGAAGGCGCUCCAUCUGCACCACAAUGCCAAGCUCCGGUUCAUCGACGCCCACGCUUUCAUCAAAGUGCCCAACCUCAGAAUACUGUCUCUGCACGCGAACAACUUGUCCGCCGUCAGCAGGGAAGUGGUGAGAGGCUUCGCGAAACCCGUGCAAGUCAGCCUGUACGAAAACCCGCUGCUGUGCGAUUGCAACGUCAAGUGGAUACACGAGAUGGCGAACGUCAACUCCAACCGGGUGCGAAUUCUGAAGACGGAGAGGAUGCUGUGCGACCGGCCGCCGAGCCUCCACCGCACCCCCCUGAAAACUCUGAACAGAACGCUCAUUCCCGACAACUGCCCUCCAGUUCUAGUGGGUCCUGCCAAUCUAACAGUCGACAAGAAGAUCGGAGACAAGCACGUGUUCCAAUGCAGGGCCCACGGAAUUCCUGUUCCUAACGUCCACUGGAUUCUGCCCAACGGCGCUGUCCUCAACCAAACGUCCAACGACAUCCACUUUCAUCUCAACUCUCCCGGUAGCCUCGGUAUCUACCACUUGAAACCCAAAGACUCCGGUACCUACACCUGCCAGGCGGAGAACUUUCUCGGUGAGGCCAUCAGCCUCACCCACCUGACCGUGGAGAACAUCGACAUCAACCUCUUUCCCCUGGGGGUUGCCUCCACGUUCGUGACUGUGGUGUGGAACGGCACCGCCCGGAACGCCUUCCCCGAAUACGAGAUCGUGUACAGGAAGGAGAACGGGGCGAAGAAGGAGUAUCAGUCGGUGACCGUCAGCCAGUUCUUCAGGUCCUACACCAUCAACAACUUGGAGCCCCGAAGCAGGUACAAGUUCUGCAUAGGCGUCAAGUCCAAAGAGGACAAGCAGUACGUCCGAUUCUCGUGCAUGUGGGUGCAGACCAGGGACGAGAGCUUCAUGCUCCAGGGCAUCCACCACACGAGCAACGUGGCGGUGGCGGCAGUCUUGGGCAUCGUCACCACCAUGAGUGUGGUGGUGUGCGUGCUGCUCGUGGUGGCCAGGAAAUAUCGACAGCGGUACUACGACACGCCAGAAAAGUCCCUCGUCAGCAACAUGGCACAGAUACCGAUGGAAAAUCUGCACAGCCCUCUCGUGUCCCAAGCCGGACUAUAG